GCAUUUGCUGUUCGUGGUUACUUCCGGGGUCGAUGAGACGUUCCUCUGAACAGACUUGCUAACAAAAUCUAAUGACAAACAAAACACAAGCCGCAUUUUGUUUCCAUUCAUAAAAUUAGGUAUACUUUAAUAGUAGUCAAACAAGACUAUCAAGACAAGACAGACUAUACCUGUUUUCAAUAUGUGAACUGGACAGUGACGUAUAUUCCUGGUGUAGUUACAUUAUUACAGUGUGCCCUGCACCUGCAAAAUACAUUUAUGGAGAAUAUUUUCAGUUGUUCAGUGUGGGUGUGUCUUUCACGUUUUUAACGCUCAUGCUGUUGUUUGCUUUUUGUAAUCAAAUUUCUUAUUGUUACGGAAGUUAAACGUGGACACCGAAUGUAACGAUUCUGUUAUAAUUGCGCUUAUCCAUUUCUUAAUAUUAUUGUAUAUACUAGUAUCAGAAGAAUCGAAAAAUUAGAAAACUAUCCAGUUUGCAUCCGUAGCAAGUACAACUCAAGACUACUACUUUUGGACGGUGUGCCUCCAGGGUAGAAGCUCAGAGAUUAUGCACGGGACAAGAAAAGCAGUUCUGGUGCGGCUGGUUGUGUUUCUAUUGAUUGUAGUGGCAGCCAUGAAAUGGUUCUCAAACUCAAGUGAUAAGGAACACGCUUCUGAACCUGAUAUGUUCUGGGGGAAAAGAAAGGGGAAAGCCAUGCUACCAGAGGAAGAAAGGAAAGUUCAGGAUUCCAAAUUAGAGCCCCAGGAACCAGGAAAACAGGAACAGAAACCAGACCAGCAAAAACAGGACCAGGAAAAGCCAAAGCUUCAUCUGAUCAAGGAUUUCAGCUCCACUCAGAUGAGGAUCAUCCACCUUGAUCUUAAAGGGGCCGCUCCCAAAGUCUCUUAUUUGGAACAGAUAUUUCCACUCCUGUUUAAACUGGGUGCCAAUGGGCUUUUAAUUGAGUAUGAAGACAUGUUUCCCUAUUCAGGAGACCUUGAAAUCCUCAAGUCAGAGAACGCUUACAGUGUGGAAGACAUUGAAAAAAUUCAGCACCUUGCAGAACUAAAUCAACUGGAAGUCAUCCCGUUGGUGCAGGUCUUUGGACAUUUGGAGUUUGCUCUGAAGCACGAGAAAUAUCAUGCUCUGCGCGAGGUGACCAAGUUCCCAAACAGCCUGAACCCCCACAUGCCAGACUCCCUAUCACUGGUGAAGGGCCUCAUCUCGCAGGUGGUAGACAGACACCCCAAAGCCAGCUGGAUCCACGUUGGAGCAGACGAGGUAUUUAAUCUCGGGGAAGGACAGGAGUCCAAAAACUGGCUGAACAGCAACAAUGGCGACAAGGGGAAGAUGUUCCUGAAUCACAUGAAGGAGGUUGGGGACUUCAUCAUGAACAAGUAUCCCAGGGUCAGCCUGCUCAUGUGGGACGAUAUGAUGAGGCAGAUCAGCGUAGAGAAACUAGAAGAGUCUGGUAUUACCCGCUUUGCGUCCCCCAUGAUAUGGGACUAUAGUUCCAAGUUAAACAUAAAAGGAAUUGACAAAUACAUAUCAAACUACGCUAAGGCAGGGUUCAAAACGGUGUGGUUCGCCAGUUCUUUUAAAGGAGCGUCAGGCUCUGCUCAGAUCUGGACUCCGAUUAAUCAACACAUGAACAACCACUUAUCGUGGCUGAAGGUCAUUAAUGCAAUGGAGAAACAUCCCUCCAUUCGCUUUCAAGGCAUUGCACUGACCGGCUGGCAGAGAUACGAUCACUUUUCAGCUUUGUGUGAACUCUUUCCUGUUGCCAUCCCUGCAAUGGCUGUCUGCUUGCAGAGUCUGGUUCAUGGUGGAUUUAAUGAUGAAGCAAGAAAGCAGACGCUGAAUAUCCUAGGCUGUAAAAGUAUCAACCUUAACAAGAGCCUCUGUGAAGGAGGUGGUGCUUUUGCUGGCUAUGAAAUCUAUCAGAUGGUUCACCACAUCAAAGAAAAUCUGAAGACACAAAUUGAUAAAAUACUUCAAGAUGGGCACAUCAAAGGGACGUUUUCUCGCUACCACAGAAAGUAUCGCUUCGCGAACCCGAGAAACAUGGAGAUGUUUGGAGACCAAGUAUUGAAGCUUCACGAUGACUGGGAGAAAUUCAUCCAGGACUUGUACAUUUCUAUGGGGAACAUCUAUUUCCCGGACAUGGUGGAGGAAUGGAUGGAAGAGAAUGUCUAUUUUUAUAUGGACCAGCUUAGGGAGCUGGUCAAAGACUACAAGCAGAUCAUUCAACUGAAUGGCAGACCGAAAACUUCUUAAGGUGGGAGGGUUUAAAAAUCAUAAUUGAGGCAGUGCUUGAAAUGGACCAGUACCAGUACCUCUUUCUCAUUCCAGACAUUUGUACAGGUUAAGAGAAAAAGUGCAUUUAAUGGCCUGUACAUGGUUAUGAGGUACUUUUUGUUAUAUCCUUUUUCAAGCAUGUUGGAUCAUCUGAGUUGCUUUUUCAUUGAGUAAGAAAUAAGGAAGCUGUCUUUUCAUAUAAACAAAUCAUACAGAGCAGGGCAUGCUGUAUACCAUAAUGUUUGUCUGUGGUUUACUGAAGAAAGCUUUGUUUUCAUUUUUCAUAGCUGCCUCAAGUAACAAAGAAAGUAAUAAACAAUAUUCUCUUUCCUAG